AUUUGCAAACUUAUUGGUUCCGGGGAAUUUUAUGCUCGUCAUCGCCAUCGUUACGAGGUUAAUCCUGCCGUGGUUGUUGAACUGGAGUCAAACGGUUUCGCGUUUGUGGGUCGGGAUGCAGAAUGCGGAAUGCGUAUGGAAAUUGCUGAACUGAUGCGGCCAGUUGUCACGAAAUGUGGUUAA